CAGCCAACAACAGACUGACAGUGCACGGCUAGGGAAUCAAGCAAUCAGCAAUGGCGUCUCCGGCGAGGUCCGCCUCCGCUGUUCUCCUCCUCGCCGCCGUCGCCCUCGCCGCGGCCACCGCGGACGCGAUCACCUUCAACGUCAUCAACCGCUGCAAGGACACGCUGUGGCCGGCGGCGCUCCCGGGCGGCGGCGCGCGCCUGGACCCGGGCCGGACGUGGACCGUGGAGGUGCCGGCGGGCACGUCUAGCGCGCGGAUGUGGGCGCGCACGGGCUGCGCCUUCGACGGCGCCGGCCGCGGGUCGUGCGAGACGGGGGACUGCGGCGGCGCGCUGGAGUGCACCGUGUCCGGGAGGCCCCCCGCGACGCUGGCCGAGUACACGCUGGGCAACCCGGACUACAUCGACGUCUCCCUGGUCGACGGCUUCAACGUACCCAUGUCCUUCCAGUGCGGCGGCAGGGGCCCCAGCUGCGCCGCCGACGUCAACGCGCGCUGCCCCGCCGAGCUGAAGGUGCCGGGUGGAUGCGCCAGCGCGUGCGAGAAGUUCGGCGGCGACACCUACUGCUGCCAGGGCCCGUACAAGGACAAGUGCCCGCCGACCGACUACUCCAAGUUCUUCAAGGGGCUGUGCCCGGACGCCUACAGCUACGCCAAGGACGACCGGACCAGCACCUUCAACUGCCCGCAGGGCGCCAACUACGACAUCGUGCUAUGCCCGUGAGGAGAUCCAUCCACGUCAUCACUAUAGUAAAAAUUACAUAGGGGGAUCUUACCGCGCAUAGAAGAUAUGAUCCUGAAUAAGGUCGGGUUAAUUACUUACUAUUAUAUUGGCCAUCGUUUACAUAUAUGAACGCUUGUAUAUGAAUAAAGGGAACAUUUUCAAAAA